UGCCAUAUUCAAUGUGUUGAAGUGUACGGUUCUUUCCAGAUUUGUUCCUUGACCACGAACGUUUCCUGAUGAAACGAUACCUCGACAUAAAUAGAAAUCGUGGCUCUUGUCGCUGCCAACGGAAUAGAUGAAGAAGAAGGCUAGGAAAUUUGGUACUGCAGUUGACAGUUACAGAACAACCCUUCGUUUUCAGAACUCAAACGCGGCCAUUCCGCCGCUCAGAAUAUUAUUUACCUUGUGGGUUUUAUGUUGUGGCUUCGUCGCUGCUCAAAGCAAUGACUCAUCGAUUACUACAGCGUCAGCAAGUGUUUCAGUGCCCGCUUCUUCCGUCUCUCCUGCGCUGGUACAUUCAUCCUCCAGCAAUGCUAAUAGCGCCAGCACCACCACAUCCCAAUCAUUACGCGACAAGACCAGCAUUCUUAGCUUAAUUUAUUCUUCUGGCCUUCCUAUUGUUGGCUCAACGGAGCCUAUUACAUUGGCAAUUUCUUUCGUUACAACCGCGACACCAAAUACGCAAAGCGGCGCGGGAAGUGUACGUUCGUUAUUCGAAGCAUCAUCAUUUUCAAUAACAGGAUUUACCGAACCGCUAACGCUGGCGCUGUUUACGAGAAACUCGUAUUCUCAGAUCCAGAGCCAAAGCAACUCCUCUUUUUCAUCAAGUAUCACUGUCAGUGACUUUGUUUCGUCGGCUCAGUCGAGCUCCAAGGAGUCUAACUCACCGACACAAUCUGUCGAGAAAGUAACCACAAGCCUAAAUCUUCCCGAAAGUUCUUCCAAUUCUACGGCAAAGGAGAGCAGCUUUGGGUUCAGUACAUAUACAGAGACGCCGUCACUUAUUGUUCAUUCAUCGUCAUAUAUCCUUCUGAAUCCAUCUUCAGAUAAGCUUGGUAGAAACACUUUAGUUGUGGAAACUUCAUCAAAGGGAAAAACAGAUGCCUCUUCGUCAAUGUUCUCCUUUUUUAACAUAUCAAACACUUCACUUUUGAUGCAAACAACGUCGAAAAUUUUCCAAAGUACUUCCUCAAUUGCUGGAAGCUCGUCAGGCACAACUGAGGCUUUGAAUUCUGUAUCAAAAAGUAGCUUAGCUCAUAUUUCGCAGUCAAGGACAGCUGCAUAUACUGAUUCAACUAGUGUCACUGAAAGUUCACAUAGUAGUCAACCACACAUUUCCUCCAGAGGAAGGUCUACUGUAACUACAAUAUCGCAAGCAAUCAGCCAGUUUCAUACAUCAAUUAACGCACCUCUGCAAACCUCGCAGACCAAUUCAGUCAACCACAGCUCAUCGGAAAUCUCCGAUGUCGUAAAUACUAGAGUAUCUUUACUUCCGGGGAGUACCACACCCACAGUGACCGUUCAACCAUCUGGGUCCAGCUCACCAUCCAUUCAAGAUCCGGCAACUUCUCUAAAGCACAUCAAACACACAGUCAACGAUUCUUCUACAGUGGAUUCAUCUUCAUCUCAACGUGAAUCGAACUCGCCUUUAGUUUCCUUUGGUGGAGUAAAUACCACCACAGUAUCCCAGGUGACUACCAUGAAGCACACCAGCCCAUUAGUAAAUCCUCCAAGUCCAGUUAGUUCAACAUCACAUGCAUCGAUGCCUCUAGAGAAUUCAGCAAUCCAACCAAGUAAUACGCAACUGAAUACCGUGGUAAAUGUCUCACAGGUUUCAUCUUUCAGUUCUAUGGACAGCUCCGAAUCAGCUGAAUUUCUUUCGUCAUCUAGGACUUCUUUGCCGAACAGCUCUCCUUCAUUCAGUGUAACAGAGACGGCGUCAAACACUUCAAAACCCUCAGAAACGCAGGUUUCAUGCCUGACGACAAAGACAUUUUCUGUUUUUGUAACUGCCACGCGAGAAAUACCAAGCCGAUCCAGUACUUUGAGGUCAAAUACUCCUAUUGGGGAUUCAUUAUAUUCUGAUAGUCUCUCAUAUAGUUCUUCUUUGAAAUCGGGGGUCAUAAGUUUGGUUUCAAUCCAAUUUGCAGCCACCACAACCAAACAGCUUCCUCGUGUCUCCACUGUUACGUCGCUUGUGUCUUCAAGUAAGACCACUUAUGUUUUGACGUCAUCACCCGAGUAUAUCGAACCCUCCACUACAGGAUCUACAAACGAGAGUACAUUUGCGUCUCAAGACUUAAGUGUAGGUUCCACAGCUAUGUUCCAAUCGACACUGUUCUCGUCAUCUGCAAAAACGCGACUGCAAACAGGUGGCUUAAUACGACAGUCGGAAAGCUCUUUGAAUGUAAACAGCACCGCUCAUUCAUUGUCGACACAAUCCGUUGGUGAAUCUUCAGCCAACCAUUCCGUGAGAGAGUCACAUUCAUUUUCAGGUAACAGUUUAUUCGUCGAGGAGGCUACAUCGUCGUCCGAAUUUAUAACCGCCACACCCUUCUUUUCAUCUUCCGGUGACGGGACUGACCUACCUUCAUUGUUUCAAAGUACCACGUUGAAAACAAUUUUCAAGCAGAUUUCUUCCUCGCUUGCUACGUCAAAACGUUUGGAAAAUGCUACCUCGCUAUCUGCGGACUCCGAAACUGCAUUAAUUACAGCAUGGCUUUCUUUUCCUGUUUCGUUCAUUCGCUCUUCACAUUUAGCGUCGAGUACAAUCCACGCUGGAAGUGAAUCUUUAUUAUCUGCGACAGAACUCUUUUCUGGCAAAACCUCUUCAAUUUUCGGAUCAAAGUCACUCAGCACAAACUCAAGCGAAUCGUACUUACAACAAAAAUCACCAACUCCUUCAAUAAUAAGGACGUCAUUAUCAGUAAAAGAAUUAACUCCGGGGAUCCUCCCAACUCUAUCACCUUCGGUAACUAUUUCUUUGUCUGAGUCGGAUUCCAGUGCUUCCGAACUAAGUGCUCAAAAUGUAUCCUCCUUCUCUGCAUCAUCCAAUUCAAACUUAAAGCAAACAUCUAGCAAGCAGCAAGAGGUAACAUUGGUCACCAUAGCAGAGACCCUCUCAAAGACCACAAACCAAUCAAUUUCAGUGCAUGAGAGUUCGUCUUAUUUGCAUGCAAUAUCAAGCUCUACGACAAGAGCGCUGUCUACGUCUCACAUGCAGUUAUCAACAGCAACUCUCAUAUUUGGAAAUUCUACUUCAGCAAGUUCGCCUCCCCAUUCAGCCUCCUUUUCAGAGAGCCAGGGGGUGGCGACCAACUCGUCCACAGGCUUUGUGCUCACCGUUCCGUCUUCAUCAAAACUGACAAGUAUUACAGCCACAGUUCUUGCUCCUAAUUCGUCAGUGACAUCUUCAAAUACGCAACAGUCGUCGCUCAGAUCAUCCUUUACCGAAGUCGUCGCUACCAGUUUGGAAACCAGCUUUAAAACCUCCCGACAGUUUGUCUCGAAUUUAACACCACAGAUGACGCCAUAUUCAACCCAAACAGUCUCAUUGUACACAACGAUGGCUUCGGUUAAUUCCACGAUGAGUCCGUUACCUCACCACAGUCACUCUCCGAGUGUCCGUCCUUUGGUGACAACAAGUUCGACAGUGACUUUGUCAUCCACGCAACAAGUAAGCGAGAAUCUGUCGCAAACAAAGAGUUUGAAAACCUACUCCAUUCAGGAACUAUCAAAAACAUUAGCACCAUCUACUAAUGCAUCAUCGACUAUUUCAACUUACCUUAAUUCAUCAAACACAGUUCUUGAGUACUCAUCGACUAAAACUACAGGGCCAACUGUUUUCGCAUCUUUCACUCCACAGCAGAGUGGGUUGUUGUCGCAAAUCUCGAGUUUGGAGUCCUCGCGCAGCUUGGAAAUUUUAACAAAAGUGGGAACUCUCAAUAUGUCAUACAUAUCUGCCUCUCGAAUCCAUUCACUGAGCAAAGUUUCAGUAACUCAGACAGGUUAUUCUGGAUUUUCAUCUGUAGCCUCACAAGUUACUACAGAAACUAACAAGUCACUAACACACACAAGAGGUCUAGAAACGUCGCAAACUGAGCGGUUGACGUAUGUUAAUCCGUCAGUGAUAUCUUUACAAGUUCAAAUAUCUAGUAAGUUUCUCGUAGCUACCACAAGCUUCAGGGGGUUGUCGUCAGCCUUCAUAUCAACAAUCUCAAGUUUUUCAAGUGAGGGAAGGCCAGUGAAUGCCACCAAGAGUCUUGUGGAACAAUCGAGAGCAACUCCAGAAUUCAGUGUCUCUCUGACGCAAACUACAAGUUUAGCAGUGUCACAAACUUCAAGAUAUACAGCAGUACCAUCUAUAAAUGUUUUAGCGACACCCUCCUCCAAAGGAAAUCUUUCAAGCGGAUUUUUAGUGGUGGCCACCAGUUCACGCGUGAUAAAAUCAGCAACUACAGACCGAAGCACUUUGUUUACGUAUGCCUCCUCUAGAAUAGAAACUUCGCAAAAUUCAUCUUUUACUUCACGGAGUGUACAAAACUUACCAACGCCAACAAUGGCGUCAUUAGACGUGGCAAACACAGCCUCGAAGCAACUGCAUCUUUCAAGCGUUAUCUCGAUUUUUACUGUAAGCGGUACAGCAAUCUCGACUCCAGUAAGGCCGUCCCCUACAGAACAAUUUGUUUCCAGCUCCGUCAUUACGAUACCGUCAGGUAUCUUUGUCCGUUUUGCCGUUAACGUUUCUCUGAGUACAAACAUAAACAAUGUUUCCUUUAGGGCGCAAAUGAAGAACGGGAUUCUUGCAACAUACGAGAACGGAUCUACCGAUGGAACAUCAGCAAACAUAACAAUAGAGAUCGUCAGUAUCGCGAGAGAACCAAAUGACACAAAAGUGAAUGUAACUUUCAAAGCUGUGAAUGUAAGUUCCAGCGCCAGUGCUAGUGAGCCACUUCCUGCUUAUAACGUCAUUCAAACUAUGCUGCGAGCAAGUUUGAGAUUGGGGGCAGCCGUCAGAUAUGAGGUUGUAGAGAAACCUGCCAUCUUUUAUCCAUCUUCGACCUCUUCGUUUUCAACCAUGGUGAUGAUGUUAACGCUUUCAACUUCUUUAAAAUCAAUAAAUGUCACUUCGGUGGCGAGAGAAUCAAGUGCUAAAACAACCUCUGACUCAAGCUCACAUUCAAUUUUAAACUCCACAUCGGUGGUUUACAUGACACCUUCACAGUCUUACUUGGUUACAUCAAAUACGACUCAUAAAACAAGUACUCUCGUGGGUGUCACAAGUCUAUUGUCGCCAGCAACUUACAUCUCUUCUUCGACUACAAGUCUUCCUUCGUCGAUCAUAUUGAAUGGAAGUUCGCCUUCAACGUACUCAAAGGAACUGACAAUUAAUUCUUCAUCUGUCAAAUUUAAAAAAACAUUGUUUAUUACUACCUCAAUUUCAUUUCAUUCGGAAAGUUCAAGCUUUCGUGAGACGUCUUAUUCGUCGAGCGUCGAUAUGAUUAAAACCUCAGCUGUAACAAACUCUUCUGAAAAAGCAAGCUCUGUAAUUUCAGCUUUUACAACGGUUUCAUUGACGCAAGGAACCUCUGCUUUCAAGAGUAUAAAUUUCAAUGACAGUUCGUCAACCUCGAGCAUAAUUUCUCCGUUCCCUUCGUCUACUGCAUGGGUGUCGAGUACAGCGGUGCUUGGAUCAUUGAUAUUUGUAUCCUUGUCUAUUUCGGCGAGCGCUAAUUCAACAAUGGUAUUGAUGACCAAAUCGUCGCUGAGUGCAAGUUUACCUAAGGAGUCUGUAAUCAGCCAAAACGUAUCAUUCCUUACUUCGGCUCCAGCUACUAUGGCCAUACAAGUAACAAGCUCGUCAAAAGUUGCUUUGUCAAAUCACUCAGAGGGAAGCUCUCAGUUAUCAGUCUUCCUUCCUAGAACAUUUACUUCCAGCUAUUCGGUAGGAAAUGCUAGUGCGACCACAUUGCUCGAGUCUUCGGCGAUAAUAUUUCGCAGCAGCCCAACCACGAUUGCUGUAAACUCUUCGAAAUUGGAGAUAUCUAUUCUAGCAUCAUCAACCAUGAGAUUACCUAUAAGUUCCAGUCUUGUUGAGACACUUGCUACGGCUCCGAGUAAAAUGUCGUCAGCUGCACCCAGCACCAUUAGCUUUUCUCGUCAUUCACCUUCUAUUUCUUCUGUGAUAGGAGCAAAUCAAACUGUAAGUACAGUAUACGGUUUACCAUUGCUUACACCAAAUGUAUCGACCAUGGUAUCAGGCACAACACACCUUAUCCGACCCUCAUAUUCGAGUGAGAUCCUCAGCUCAAGUGUUGGAACAGUUCUGUCCUCGUCAGCGGAGACUGCUGCCACAGUCGUUCGAGUUUCAACGUCUACAUCGUUGUUAGUUAACACAACUCUUUUCUUGAAUUCUUCAACUUCAAGUUCGUAUAAUACUGCAGUCAUCACUUCUAACAAGGGUAUCGUAGGCAGUACUACCUCUUCACCCGUCAUGAGGUCAAGCCUGUCAAUAAUUAAUGUUCUCACAACGCGCAGUGUCUCGCAAGUGUCGACGGUACCAACAGUGACCCGUGAGAACUUAACGACAGAAGUCACACGAAGCAGCCUUAGCCUCUCCAGUUACUUUGUACGAGGAAGCUCACCGUCUCCUUCGGGAAAAUCAGCAAAUACGACACUUUCAAGUACUAGUGCGGAAACGAUGACCUCACUAAAUGGUACUCAAACUGCCACACGAGAUCUAUCGUCUGUGGCACCAGCAGUAACUUAUGCUGUUUCGAAAUCCAUAACAGAGACCUUGUUGACUAGUAGCACUGUGGAAAAACAGUUCACCACGGCUGCCAGAUUGGUUUCUAGUGAUUCACUGGGUUAUAGACCUAUCCGGUCCACGGUAUCCUCAUCAGCCACUUAUUUAACCUCAAAUGCUUCUGCUAUCUUACCGAAAUCUACCCUACUAAUUCUUCCAAGCAGUAGCUAUGGGCUAACAACAUCAACAGUGCUAUUGCAAUCCAAGACAGCGACUGACAGUAAACAAGUCUUAUCUCCUACCUCUGUGGGUUCAGUUCUAACGACUGAAUCUUCCAUUUCUACUGGUAUUCCCGGAACGCGCUUUUCCAGCUUGGUGGUGACUACAGAUGUCAUAAAGUCAAGCCUCACUGAUACUGUGGUUAGGCACUCUGUGAUUUCUUCAAAAAGUAUUUUUACUCCAGUUCAGCCUACAUCCUAUCAUUCCCCUGCUACUACUAUCAAAGUGUCUUCAGCAAAGGGCUUCAUAACUUUGUCCCCUGUAACUAGAAGUAGUGUAAGAAAGCAGGUAUUGUUUACAAGUGCUACAGUUUUGUCUUCGACCGAGACUUUUAUUCCUUCGAGACAACUAACUCUAGGUCCAGCUUCAAUAACCGUGGCCGAGAGUAGUUUGGAGACGUUGCCGCCAACAUCUGUGAGAAGUUCUAUGUCUUCCCCUGUAACGGACACAAGCACUAUAAAGAAAACUUCUAUUGCCACGUCGCUUCCUCAAGGCUCCUCCUCUGAUCUUUCAUCUCCACUUCAGAGAACAUCUUCGCACAAGGUCGCCACAACCAGGAGCAUCACAACAUUGCUGACGAAGAUGGAUACAAUGACAACGAAGAGUUUCAUCGCCUCUGAAAAGAGUGCGAAAGCCACUUUAGUGACAGAAACCCCGGCAAAUUCUCUUACCUCAAUUUCAAAAACAACAGCACUGUUGACGGCCAAACUUUUGGAGAGCACCGUAAAGGAGACAACAUCAAUUAUACCAGAGGAAAGCUAUUUGCCCUCAAAAACUGUUUUGAUUUCCGCAAGUUCAACCAUAGAGUUGCCAACUGAGCCUGUACGCCCUACUGCUAAUGCAAACGAUACUGAAGGCCUUGUUGGUAUUCAGAUACUUGUUCCAGAGAACGAGGAUGAAAAUGCUGACUCCUUCCGCGUGCAAAUCGAAUCACGACUUGCAGAAGCGUUCAGGUGGGGUCAGCGGAAAGGAAGUGAGCGAAAAAGGAGGGACGUGCAACACCUUAACAAGCCUCGUCGUGUUCACUCUGACGCCAGAAUUGAUUUUCAUCCCAGAAAGAGGAGGACCUCGGUUCGACUGGACAAAGAUCGAGGAAACCGUCUCAGGAGAGAAGUCGAUAAUAUUACUGUAUUGGCGGAAACCAUUAGAAGAGCAAAAGCGAUUGUAGGAGAGGAAGUCAUUGACAUAGAAUACCGAGUUUUUAAGGGAUUCACUAUGUUAUCUGCGGAACAUAUUGUGAAGACAAUGAACAGACUAAGCGAAGCUGAGAUGGUUUCCACCUUGGGAUAUGGGGUCACCCUACGACCAUACGCUGUUAAAAAGACACAGACUACGGUGCCUACAAUACCACCUACUAAAGCCGACUUAGACUGGGCCACUAUUAUUCCCGCUAUUGCUGUUUCUUCAGCAGUACUACUGUUUCUUUUAUGUGCCUGUAUAUGGGUCAGGUGUGCUGGAAGAAAGAAAAAAGUAAAUCCAUUUAAGAACUUAAACCCCAAAGAGGCUCCAUACAAAAGCCUUGAAGUAAAGGUCCAGGCUUCUCCCGAAACGAUUUCCCCUAAAAAUCCCUACAGCACUCCAACGGUGAAAAGAGCGAGUUCAAGCAGUAACGAAGGUUCGAGAAAGGGCCCUAAAUCUCCUGAUCCGGAUUACUCUAAUCAGCGGUACAUAAGAAGAACUGAGACUUCACAUGAUUCCCACGAAGAUAUUGAGAUGGCGCAAUUAGCAGGAGUUGUGGAGAACAUUCCACAAUUCAGAGAUGAGAAGCUUCUGUACGGCAGUCAUGGUCGUCAAGAGAAGCCUUUACGUUUCACACAACUUCCUCCUCUUGUGAAGACGUCUCUGGUCGGAAAGGAUCACUCUGAUCCAGAGAAAUUAACAGAGCUAAAGAAAGAAAAGCAACGAAUCAUUGAUGAAUCAGGUGUACCACAGCCAAACGUAGAAAGAUGGAGGAAUAAAAUGCUUCAUCGAGAAAAACUCCGUCAAGAUAUGAGGGAAAAAGAACGCGAAAAGGAUAAAAAGUUGAAGAGACUGGAAAAAGAAGAAAGGCUGGAACCGGAUAAAGAAAAAUCAGAGGACCGUCCAACAACACCUCGAAGCCUAACAGCAGAACGUAAGCGAAGAUCCCGUGCCGACCGUUGGCGAAAAAACAAAGUCGGUACCUCAAGCUCGAAGGGCACGAGUAGCAGCAGCAGUAGCAGCUCGGGUAGCGACUCAGAGGGAAAGAGGAAAGACGACAAAGCCGAAGAGAAAAAGAGAAAACAAAAGGAAAAAGAGAAAAGAAGGGGAGCAAAGGUGCCGCCUCUCGCGAUUGGCCGAGCUGCUCGAGAGGCAAAACGAGAAACCGCUUGGACUAUCAAGGAAACUCCUGGUGUUCGCCUCGUGUCCGUCAGACCGCACAGUGAGGAGUGGCAACCACAAGCACCGGAGUCCACGCCCAUGCCGGUCUAUGAAGUGCCUCAGACACGGCCGGUUUCGCCCCGCCGACAGCAAAGAGAUCGAGUCCAUUUUCUGCUGGAAACUGGGUACCCAGUCUGGCCAAUGAUGACAAGUCCUCUGGUACAACCCGAUUAUCCAGAGGAAGAGGUUCACUACGAGGAUAUGGACGGUUUGGAUCCAUAUAUUCCUCAGUAUGAUCAAGGAAUACAUGUUAAUGGAGACACCAUUCCAAGCGUUCCCCCAUCAGAACCAAGGAAAGCCUUUGGUGGCUCAACAUUUAUCGACGACGAUCACAUUUAUACAGAACCAAAUUUAUCUCCUGCGUCACUUCCCCAUACACGCCUUGUGAACCCUCAUCAGAAUCAAACACGUCCACUGGUUCCUACACAGUAUGCACAUGGAUAUAUAGCGAGGCCGCCAGUGUCUAGAGGCCGCCCAACGUCCGCCUCACAGCAUCCCGGAGCUUCCAGGCCUGUCGGAUCUGGAAGGCCAACUUCUGCCAGGACGGACCCUACAAUGCCUCAUUAUACACCUUCACCAUUACGAUCGUCACGUCCCGAUCGAAAAGUGGUAUCGUUGCCGGGUUCCAGAUAUUUGCUGGGUAAUCGUCCUACAGUCGCCACCGCACCUCAACCUAGCAUUGGUACGUCUCCGCGUUACAUGGUAGAUCCUGAACGGAGACAGGAGCCUCCCAGCUCUUACGACGGUGCGCGCAUGAUCUUAGCUCGGGCUAAGUCAAACCUUGACCGUUUCGAACAAGACAGUAGAGUCAACAUUCCGCAUGAAACCGGUCCACCACCCGCUUUGGAGCCUACGGACGCCACCCCGCAAAAGAAGAUACAGCCUCAUAUUCAGCCUGUAAGAGGGCAAAGUCGAUAUACAUCCCAAGAGGAAACUCAUCCUAUUGGUAACUCCCGCAUGAAGGUGUCUGCUAGAGAACGUUCUGAGUUGGAGGCCCAGUUGCUGGUAUCUCGCGCUUUAGCUCGGGCCAGAGCAAACAAAAUAACGACUGCAAAACAUCAAGGAAGCACCUUAAAAACACUUGAGCUUGUUAAAAAACGAAUAACCCAUCAUGCCGUCAAAACGAAAUACAAGAAAAAGUCUAACAAAGAUAGCAGUAGUAGCAGUAGCAGUAGCAGCAGUUCAAGUUCAAGUAGUUCAGAAGGAGCUGUAAAGAAAGAAGGCAAAUCCAAAGAUAAAAUGAAAAAGAAAUCAUCCGGGAAACGGGCAAUCGUACGGCCUCUUCCGACCACGCCCCCAGUUAUUAAAACAUAAAUUUGUCUUUGAGUAAGAGAAUAUCUAUCUAUGAUAAGAUAGAGAAUAUAUAAUGAAGUUAAAAGAAAAAUGGAUACUAUUAGGCAAAAAUCAAGUUAUUAUAGAAGACCUAUUUUUUCAUUCAUCGCGUCAUUCAUUUACUUAUGAUAAAAGUAUUCAAGAUCCAAUUUAUUUAACCUGGUUGUGACUUAACAGCUUGAAAACAUGUGCUAGCUGUAUGAUUAACAAUUGGGUCCAUCUUCCAUUAAACCGCUCAAACAGUUUAGUGUGAGCAUUACAUCGUCU